CCCCAACCCACCCACACUAUUCACAAUGGCUAAGUCGAUCCGAUCCAAAGCCAAGAUGGCCUCGCGUGCCCGAAAGAGGCAGAUGUCUCACUACGCUGUUGCGGAAGCCCAGCGUACGCAGCGACUGAGCGACAAGCUCCUCGGCAAGACCGACAAGAACGGUGAGGAGAUCAAGGAGGAGGACAAGGAAGAGGCCAUUGAGGACGACGCUGAAAUGAAGGAGGAGCCCAAGAAGAUAUCCACCAGUGGUCUCAAGGGCAACAGGAGGGAGCAGUGGAGAGCAGCCCGAGGUCUGGCUCCUAGACCCAAGGCCAAGUUGGGGGCCAAGAAGAACUCUAGGAGACGAUAAAUGGAGCAUAUUCCGAGGCAUGUUAGAUGGGACGUGUUGUAUGUAAGAUAUGUUGGUUUCUGACAGUCAACUCGUGGCGUCUUACUUGAUGUGGAUGGACUGGUCGUAGAAGCUGGGAAAUGUGCAGGAGAAUAGGUCAGACGGCUGUACAACCGAGUCCAGGUCGGGAUAGAUCACGCUUUGAGACGCGCGCAACAUCUCUAUCUUCAUACACAUGAUGAGCUCCACCAACAGAUCUACCAUCUCGAGGCCGUCCAACACUCCCGCUCUGCAUCCAGAGUGUCCACUUCCUGUGUACAAAGGGGAGAAACUCGCGCAUUUACAAUUUCAAUGGGGCAUAGGGUGGAGAACAUAUAAGAACGCGAAUUGGUAUGGAUGAUGUACAAAAUGAUAUGCAAAAAGAGAUAACGAAAAGGCGAAGAAUGGAUCUUUCAAAUGAGAACAUACAAACCAUCACCACAUAAUGUGAUCGUGAUGGGGGUUGAUUGUGUCUGUCUAUCAACAUGCGAAUAAAUGACUAUGGACCGGGCGUGAACAUGAUGGUUGGAAGCAAAGAGCCGAAUAGGUGGUGUGAGGAGGGGGUAUAAUAUGUUUGUACAAGCGCCAAGCGUUACAGUUGAAGAAGAAUGCUAUCGUGACGACCCGCUCGAGCUCGCCUCAUCGCCCGACACAGAGCCUUGACUCAUACCCUCGACACUUUCCGGUACAGCGACGCCGCUCCCCCUCCUCCCCCUCUCUGAGCUGACCGUCCUCAGCGGGCCGAGGCUCGCCCCGGUCCAAGACCCAGCCCCCGGCAACAAAAUCGGCCUCUGCCUUGGGGACUGCAAGAUGUACGGCGAAGAAGGCAUGGAAGCGCGCCGUUCCUGGCGGGCUUGCUGGGCAGGAGUGAUGGCAGAGGGAGCGCGGGGCGAUUCGUUUGUAGGCCCGUUCAUGUUGGAAGUGGCUGGAGGAAGGUUGAGCUGGGAUUGCAGAAGGGAGGCGGAAGGGAGCGAGAAUGCUCCUCCCGCCAUUGACUUCCAUGCUCCGGGCGACACUGUAGAUGGUGUAUUCUCACCCAACGCCCCAAGAGACUGUCCUCCCA